UAUGCACCUAUAAUUUCAAUCGUAUUUCUUCCUUCGAUUGGUCCAGGUGCUUUUUUUCACGAAAUUUCAGAUAUAAUUGGUGAGUCCAAUCUCUGAUUUUCUAAUUUUUAUACUGGUACAUCAUUAUUGUCAAAAAAAAAAAUAAAAAAAAAAUUUCCCUCAAUUCGUAGAUUCGCACUUGAUAAAUCUCACAAGUUCGAAAUAUUCCCUUAAAAAAAUUAAAAAAAACCCCAGUUGAUUCAUUAGGCAGUAAAAUUUCUUCUUCAACAAUAUUCAGAUCUGCUUCAAGGAAGCUCAAUUUAAUGGCAGAAAUCUAAAUUGGUAUUUUAUUUGGUCGAUUUGAGGGAGUUUCAUCAUUUGGUAAAUGGCAGUUUCAAAGCAGACUGUUAUGGCUAUCAAGUCUUACCAAAAUCAGGCUGAAAAUCUUGUCAAGAAUCAUUUGUUGUCUGAUCCUAUAAUUCCUUACACUUCAAUUAUUGCAGGCAUUUUAGCCUGUAAAGUGAUCUAUAAUCUUACCCAGUUGUUUAGUGCCCUGUACUUCAAGUGCUAUGCUGGUCUUAACAAAGUACAAAGGAUCGAAUGGAACAAUCGUGGCAUCUCGACGGUUCAUGCCCUUUUCAUUGCAGCAAUGUCGUUAUAUUUUGUUUACUGGUCAGACCUAUAUGCUGACUAUCAGACCAAUGGUUAUGUUACAUUCCGUAGCUCAACACUCUCAACUUUUACACUAGGAGUAUCUGUGGGGUACUUUAUUGCAGACCUUGCAAUGAUCAUGUGGCUCUAUCCUUCUUUGGGUGGAAUAGAGUAUAUUAUACAUCAUUCUCUUUCAGGAAUUGCUGUUGCUUAUGCUAUGUUUUCUGGGGAAGGACAACUUUACACCUUCAUGGUCCUUAUUUCUGAAGUGACAACACCUGAAAUUAACAUGCGAUGGUUUCUUGAUACAGCUGGAUUGAAAAGAUCUCAUGCAUAUCUGAUUAAUGGAAUUGUGAUUUUUUUUGCCUGGUUGGUUGCAAGAAUUCUGCUGUUUGUUUACAUGUUCUAUCAUGUUUACCUUCACUAUGAACAGGUAAUGCAAAUGCAUGUAUUUGGCUUCUUUUUGGUGUUUGUUGUGCCGUCUGUGCUUGCUGCAAUGAACUUGAUGUGGUUCGGGAAGAUACUCAGAGGAUUGAAGAAGACGUUAGCAAAGAGACAAUGACAGACUCGGUAAUGGAAUUGCAUGGUAUUUUCUUAGAAUAUUUUUUCUUCGGUGUAAAAAUGGUGGGUUGGAAAUGUGAAGGCAAAGGGAACUUUAAUUAACUUGGCUUACGAUAGGAUUUGUUGUAAAUAGCUGAACCUUCACACUUAGGUACAAUGUAUUUGCGGCAAACAAUGAAAUUAUUGUUCAAAUUACACCAAAGUUACUGUGUUUAUCUA